AUGUCCAGAGAUGCCGCAUUGUCAGAAACACCUGGACUCGCACGGAGUUCCGCACUAUCAGAAGACUCCGAACUCGCAAAACGCUCAACACGAGCACGCUAUCAAGAGCGCCAGAAUGCAUAUAAACGGGCCAAAUAUGCAACCGAUCCCAAAUGGCGAGAAAGACAUAAUGCGAGGUCGACGGCAUGGGACUCGCUUCAGCGUACUUCUAAUCCUGAAUGGAAGGCUAGCAAGAAGGAAUCGGCUUCGCUUUAUUAUUACACUAAGCUUAGAGAGGAUCCGUUUUCUGUCAUCCGAAUCUCACUCCGCAACUGGGUCUAUCACCUUCCUCUCACCAGGGAUCGACUGUCUUGGAGGAAACAUCUGCCAAUCUUGACCGACGACAGGGUCGAACGUCACUGCGCCUCUUGCCAUUACAGUCCACGUCGCGGAGGGAGUCGGCUUUGGUGGCAGCGACGACAGAGCCUCCAAGACGGUGCUACUCUCUAUGAUUGCAACAAGUGUUUCUGGAAAGAUCCAGAGAUAGCCUUGCCCCAAGGCUUUGAAGACGUCAAGACGGUGCAGCAAUUAUUCUUACGCAGGGAACAACUUCUGGGUAUCAAAGCAAGACUACGGAAGAAUGCCUUGCCGCCUCCCAACAUAUGA